AUACUAUGGUUCACAAAUAAAUAAAAUCACAAAUAAUCACAUGCACAGCCACUAAAAUAAUCUCCCAGACCCUCUUUCCACUCCUCCAAACACCCACUGCCCCUCAACAGAAUGGCCACAAUAAUAAUUCCUUUUGUCGAACUUCAAUUCAACAACUUCCACCGUUUUAUCUUUUCCCAUCUUCUCAGACACAGGCGCGAACGAACGAGCAUUAAUGUGAACCAACAAGCUCCAGUGAAAGAUUUUUCAACGUCAACAGGGUUGCCAUACAACACGCAAUCGCACCAAAAACCACCACAGAACACAUAUCGCCACAUUUGGUGAAAUUAAGAUGUAUAUCAGAGUUGUACCAAAUCUUUUCCUGGAGUGGUUGGUUUGUGUCAUGCGUGUUUUGAAAUGGCCUAUGUUGCAGUGAUAGAUGUGAUGGAAAAAUUUUAGUUGCGUAUUUUAGAUUGUGUGGAAAGUAAAUUUAGUAUUAAAAGGUACGAUGUUGGAGUUGUUAACGAGUCUUUUGUUUAUGGGUGUGUUUAUGAGGAUUGAAGUGUAUUUUUGGAAUUUCUGUGUGAAAACGCAGUGUGAAAUGCUGAGCUGCUAUGAGAACUCGGACGAAGAAAGGCAUUUCUGAUAGUUGUGUGGAUUUGCAGUCAAAUGGUUCAGCGGAGUUUAAGAUUUGGAUUGUGGUUUUGGUGUCAUAAGUUAACUUUGGGGGAAGUUUUUAUAGUUACUUUCGAAAUUUUGAAUCUCAGAAAGACUUGAUAUGGCAAAAUCGUGGCACUUUUGUUCAGAGAUGUUGUGUGACUGGCGAAAUUUUAUUCAGGAAUGUAUUAUGAUUUCUUUUAUGUGCAUCUACAUCUAAUGUUAAUAUAGAAUGGAUGCAAUCAAGUGCAGUAAAGCGGUAUUCUUCCUCUGCAAAAUACAAUCAAUAUUCUUCAUGCUUUUUUGCUGGAGCUUGCUUUGCUUCUUCUCUAAUAGCAGUGUGGUACAUGAAAAAGAAUGGUUUAUUAGCAGAAGAACAAAAAGAUGCUGCAUCUGUUGAAGUUUUUGGGCUUCCUGUAUAUACUGCUGAUGAAGUAGCUGCUCACAGUUCUGUUGAAAAAAGAGUUUGGGUUUGUUAUAAAAGUGGUGUGUAUGAUAUCACUGAUUUCAUUCCAAAACAUCCAGGUGGUGAUAAGAUUUUAAUGGCUGCUGGAGCAUCAUUAGAACCUUUUUGGGAACUUUUUGCUGUUCAUAAAAGUGAGCAGGUACUGAAAAUGUUGGAAGAAUAUCGUAUUGGAAAUUUGAGAGUCGAGGACAGAGGCCAAGACAUAAAAAAUAUGGAAGAUCCAUUUGCUACAGAUCCUCGACGGCAUCCAAUUUUGAAACCUCGUUCUACAAAACCCUUUAAUGCUGAACCACCUAUGGAACUCCUAGUAGAAAAUUUUCUAACACCUAAUGAAAUUUUCUUUGUCCGUAAUCAUUUACCAGUGCCAGAAGUUAAUUCUGAAGAGUAUGAACUUGAAGUGAGUGGAGAAGGCAUAGAAACUGUGAAUUUAAAACUUGAAGAUAUUAAAAAAAAGUUCAAAAAACAUACUAUUACUUCAACAAUACAGUGUGCUGGAAACAGACGUUCUGAAUUGAAUAAUGUAAAAGAAGUAAAAGGUUUGAAUUGGGGGUCUGCUGCUAUCAGCAAUGCAGAAUGGAGUGGAGCACUAUUAUAUGAUGUUUUAAAAUACUGUGGUGUUAAUUUUAAUGAUCCAGAUAUUCAACAUGUGCAGUUUGAAGGUUUAGAUACAGAUCCAGCAAAUAUGCCUUAUGGUGCUUCCAUACCUGCCGAAAAGGCAUUAGAUCCAAAAAGUGAUGUGUUGUUAGCUUAUGAAAUGAAUGGUAAAGAGCUUCCAAGAGAUCAUGGGUAUCCCAUAAGAGUAGUUGCUCCAGGAAUUGUUGGAGCAAGAAAUGUUAAGUGGCUAGGUAAAAUAAUUGUUAGCGAAGAAGAAAGUAAUAGCCAUUGGCAGCAGAAUGAUUAUAAAGGUUUCUCUCCAUCUACAAAUUGGGAUAAUGUAGAUUUCAAAACAGCUCCAGCUAUUCAAGAAUUGCCUGUGAACUCUGCUAUCUGCAAACCUUCAGAUGGUAGUUCUGUAAUGCUGCAGAAUGGUUUAAUUAAAGUUGAAGGAUAUGCAUGGAGUGGUGGGGGUAGGAAAAUUGUAAGAGUUGAUGUUUCAGCAGAUGGAGGAAAAACAUGGCAUGUUGCUGAUUUGCAGCAAGAUUCUAGUCCUUUGUACAAAUGUUGGGCAUGGACAUUAUGGAGAGUAUCUGUUCCUGUAGAAAUGAGCAGCAAUUCAGAGGUGCAAAUCAUAUGUAAAGCAGUGGAUUCAUCAUACAAUGUUCAACCUGAUUCUUUUCCUCCUAUAUGGAAUUUACGAGGUGUUUUGGGAAAUGCAUGGCAUAAGAUAAAUGUAAAAGUACAGAAAUAAGUUCAUAGAGCAUAUAUAUCUUUAUUGAAAUAUUUUUUAUAAAAAUACAUUAUUAAUAAAUUUUAUUUUUUAAAUUUUCAAUUGAUAACUGUAAUACAAUUUUUAAUAUACAUAAACAUUCAGAAUAUUAUUUUGUAUAUCUAAGAACUGUACAGUAAGUAAUAAAAUAAAUUUUUUAAUUGACCAACAUUAGCAAAAAGUAAAUCUGAUUUGUACAACAAUUUAUACUCAUUCAGUUUAUAGAAGAAGAAUAACGAUCUUAGCUCAAAGAAUUUUUUAAUACAAAAUUUCUUCAACAUAUAAAACAUUUCCUUAACAUAUUUUAUAUAGUAGGUACGUACUCGAUUUUUACUUCUUUAAUAAGUUAUUGGUAUAGAUCAGAUAUAUAAUUUUAAGUUAUGCUUUUAAAUAAUUAAUAUAAUUUAGCACUCAAUCAUUGAUAUUUUCCUUAUUUUGCAUAAUAUUCUAAUUUUAUUACUAAUUUAAUUAUACUGAAUUCCUAAUGAUAUAUAAACACCUGUCUCACUGGGUUUAAUAAGCAUUAACUUUAAAAAAUGUUACAAAAAUUGCAUAUAGUAGGUUUAUAUUACACUGCAUGAUAGGUGCAAAAAAUGCCAAAACCAAAUAAUUUACACCCUUCACUGCAGGCCUUUACCUUAAAUUAUUCAAAGUAAUCAAUGGCUUUGUCAGCCUAACUCCUACAGGCCAUAGCUACAGGCUGUAAGAAUUGGAAUUAUAGAGACACGGAUCACUUUGAACAAUUUUCUGAGAUUAUAUUAAAUAUUAAAUUUAUAAUUUGUGUCUUUGUUAGUUCAAAAACAGGCUGGUGUAUUUAUUUCUUCCAUUGCACCCCCUCCCUCUGAUGACUAUGCAGUAAAAGAUAUGAAUUUUCUUUUUUAGUUUUGGCAUUUUUUGCACCUAUCGUGCAGUUUGCCACUAUACUUCUGGAUUUUUAUUUUUGCAUAUUUGUUCCGAAUUGGAUAUGGGAUGGAUUUUAAACAUAUUUUAUUUUUCUACAUUGCUAAUAUCUUCCCACUUUGCUUCUUUAAAAUGCCUGCAUCAUUCUUUAAAAAAAAAAAAAAAAAAAAAAAAAAAAUAAAUUAUUAUAAUUGCA